GGCGCAGCGCCGCCGCCGCAGCUGCGCACGGAGCGUCGGGCGGUCGGGGCCGGUCCGGGGGCGCUGCCGGGAUGGACGAGGACGUGCUGACCACCCUGAAGAUCCUCAUCAUCGGCGAGAGCGGCGUCGGCAAGUCUAGCCUUCUGCUGCGGUUCACAGAUGAUACAUUUGACCCAGAACUUGCAGCAACAAUUGGUGUGGACUUCAAGGUGAAAACUAUUUCCGUUGAUGGAAACAAAGCUAAGCUGGCAAUAUGGGAUACUGCAGGUCAGGAGCGGUUCAGAACAUUAACCCCCAGUUACUACAGAGGUGCACAAGGUGUCAUCCUGGUUUAUGAUGUCACGAGAAGAGAUACUUUUGUCAAGCUGGAUAACUGGUUAAAUGAAUUGGAAACAUACUGCACAAGGAAUGACAUAGUGCAAAUGUUAGUUGGAAACAAGAUUGAUAAGGAAAAUCGUGAAGUUGACAGAAAUGAAGGCCUCAAAUUUGCAAGAAAACAUUCCAUGUUGUUCAUAGAGGCAAGUGCAAAAACAUGUGAUGGCGUGCAGUGUGCCUUUGAAGAACUUGUUGAAAAAAUCAUUCAGACUCCUGGACUGUGGGAGAGUGAAAGCCAAAACAGAGGUGUAAAGUUAUCAAACAAGGAAGAAGGAUAUGGAGGAGGAGGAGCAUGUGGUGGAUAUUGUUCUAUGUUAUAAACUUUGGGAAGCAUAUUCUUUGCAUAUUUAAACAGAUAGUUACAUCUUUCUGUACAUAAAGUCAUUAAACGCUAUUUUUAGGGACCUUGCAGUUUGCACAUAUUUGUUUUGUAUCAUGGCAGUGAACACUUGUAGUAAAAAAUGUUCUGCAGCUUUCCCAGUUUGAAAAUGUUAUGAUAAGCAUGCCCAAUUUGCAAUCUUCAGGUUUUUAUAAGUAGCAUAAAUAAUGUGCAAGAGCAAAUGCACUAAAAAUUUUACAACUGUAUACAUUAAUUGUGUAACUAUUCUAAACAAAUCCGUCUUACAAAUACUGCAUUGUCUGCUCUUUGUCUUAUUUUUAAAUUCUGUUGAAAUUAUAGAGCUAUAUGGUGUGCACAGAUCUUGGAAACAGUAUGAGCUAUAAAUGUUACAUUUCAUCUCUUCUAGUAAAUGCUUUUUUUAAGGUAUUAAAAGCAGCAGGAUUAUACAGUUCUUAGACAAAUCUGCUAAAAUUUUGUCUUUCAGCAGUGCAAUCUAAAACACAAAAUUGGCACAGGCCCUGGUUGGCAUCAGCACUUCCUUGAAGAGAUGCUUUGAAAGUUUCCUUUGCAAAGCUGGGAGACGCCAUGUUUUCCUUUUAAUCAUCACUUCAGUUGAUGGCUUAACUGGAGUUUUAAUCCUGUGAUAUUUAUAUACUAAAUUUGUGGUACUCUUGCACUCUAGGUUUUUAUGAUGGUCUGUUCCAGACUUGCUGCAGAAAGUCUUCAUUAUUGGCAAGGGGUCUGAAUGAUGUCAUUGUUCUUUCAUUGUGAAUCAUUUUGCCACACUUCAGUAUGGAUUCCUAAUUUUCUGAAAUAUUUGUAAUAUAAGUUUAUCUCAACUGUAGCUCACUGUGACUGUGAGAUCUCUUAUCACGUCUGCUUUGUGCAGCUACUUAUUCAGAAAUAAAACUUCUGUCACAGACACUAAACGGGAAGCUAUAGGGCUUCUUGAUCUCUGUAUGAAAAAAUACUAUUGCAAUGAGUAUUCACUUGAAUUUACUGUAUCAAAGCCAAUGGUUUGUUUCAGAAGACUUGUAUAGACUUAAUAAAUUUUUUUCCACAGUA